AUGGAGUAUCUUUUCUACGAUGUUUUCAAAGACGGCAAGACCCUUUUCAAUGCACCGUUAUGGCUGUUGAAGGAGGAGUCAAAUUUCGCAUGGGAUUCCACGCAGAGAGGGGAAACGGCUCGGUUCUUCCCACUCGCAACCGAGAACGGGGACCAGAUUAACGGGGCUGUGGUUCACUGGAAGGGGAUCCAGCUCCUGAAAGACGCCCAGGAUCUCCGGGACAAGGUCCCGUGGGUUCGAAAUGGGUUCUCCAGUGGCCGAGUUGUCCCCAUUGGGAACUUUGUGUCCGUCUCCAAGCUGUUCAACCGCGACGGCGAGUUCCGCGGUGUUCGCCCUGUUGAACGCCUUGAGCCUUUCAAUACAGACCCAUGCGUUACCUGGUAUGUUGUUGUGGCCGCGAAGAAGCCGUCGGAGUAUGACUCUGCGUAUGGUCUCCAGGAUGCACUGCACUGCGUCUGUCUGUGGAAAGGUAUGGUGGGCUCGACGCCAACGCCCGCAGAUAUCACUGCGCAAAUCGCUAAUUUCGAGCCCAGGAGGUAUUGCGGAAGAGAUCUUUGA